CUUUAUUUGGCUAGGUCACGUGAACCACUGAUACCAUCAUCAGGGCAGCCAUCUUGUACACAAGUUCUCUUGGCUUUAUUUAUCUGUUUCCAGUCUCCAUUAGCCCCCAAAGUCAAGAUGUCGAUGCGACAGCCUGCUGCCGUCAUUGACUGUGGAACUGGGUAUACCAAGCUUGGCUUUGCCGGCAACACAGAACCACAGUUCAUCAUACCGUCAACCAUUGCCAUCAAGGAGUCGGCUCAUGUUGGUGACCAGGCUCAGAGGAGAAUGGGCAAGGGAGUGGACGAUUUGGAUUUCUACAUUGGUGACGAGGCUGACAGGCCCAGUUACGCCUCCAAGUACCCGAUUCGUCACGGUGUGGUAGAGGAUUGGGAUCUCAUGGAGCGAUUCUGGGAGCAGUGCAUCUUCAAGUACCUCCGUGCCGAACCAGAGGAUCACUAUUUCUUGCUCACAGAGCCUCCGCUAAAUACACCAGAGAAUCGCGAAUACACGGCCGAGAUUAUGUUUGAGACCUUCAAUGUCCCUGGAUUGUAUAUUGCCGUACAGGCUGUUCUGGCGUUGGCUGCCUCGUGGACCUCACGUCAGGUGGGUGAGAGAACUCUAACAGGAACAGUUAUCGACUCUGGGGAUGGAGUUACUCACGUCAUUCCAGUGGCUGAGGGCUAUGUCAUUGGCAGCUGUAUCAAGCACAUCCCUAUCGCUGGUCGAGACAUCACGUACUUCAUCCAACAGCUGUUGAGAGAGCGGGAGUCGGGUAUCCCCCCAGAGCAGAGCUUGGAGACAGCCAAACAGAUCAAAGAGCGUUUCGGAUACAUCUGUCCCGACGUUGCCAAAGAGUUUAACAAAUAUGACAAUGAGGUGUCCAAGUGGUUCAAGGUGUACGAUGGAGUCAACACUAUCACUAAGAAACCCUUCUCAGUGGAUGUCGGUUACGAGAGGUUUCUUGGGCCAGAGAUUUUCUUCCACCCCGAGUUCUCAAACCCUGACUUCACCACACCCAUCUCAGAGGUGGUGGACACUGUCAUUCAGCACUGCCCCAUUGACGUCAGACGUCCUCUCUACAAGAACAUAGUACUGUCUGGAGGGUCAACCAUGUUCCGUGACUUUGGGCGUCGACUACAAAGAGAUCUCAAGAGAACAGUGGAGGCUCGACUACAACUCAGCUUUGAGCUCAGUGGAGGAAAACUGAAGCCCAAGCCCAUUGACGUGGCAGUGAUCACCCAUCACAUGCAGCGCUACGCUGUCUGGUUUGGAGGAUCCAUGUUGGCCAGCACACCCGAGUUCUACGAGGUAUGCCACACAAAGAAAGAUUACGAUGAGCACGGACCCAGCAUCUGUCGUCACAACCCCGUGUUUGGAACCAUGUCCUAGGGUGGGCUGAACUUAAUGACUGUUAGGUGUAUAGCUAGUCAGAUUGUUAUAGGGAAUUUCAUGCAACUGUUUUCAGAGUAUUAAUUAUUAUGCAUAAUUUAUGCUGUUGUAGUUCAGCUAGGUAUAUAGUGUGAGAGUGUUUUUUGUGCAUUAUUAGCUGAUGUCAAUUUUGUAAGUUUUAUGUCAUUUUGAAUUAAUUUUGUUUCCCAAA